AUGUCGAAGAACCAAAGUGUUGGUGCGUCGGAAGAUGAAAAAGAAAUAGUGAAUCACAACGCUGAGGGCCAUAAACCUCAGAAGCUUUUUGAUCAAGAGCCUGAUCUGACACAGGAAGCACUGACCAAAUUUGAAAACUUGGAUGACUGUAUAUACGCAAAUAAGAGGAUCGGAACAUUUAAGAAUAAUGAUUUCAUGGAGUGCGACUGUUAUGAAGAAUUCUCAGACGGUGUAAACCAUGCCUGUGACGAGGAUUCUGAUUGUAUCAAUAGGCUUACCUUGAUAGAAUGUGUGAACGAUUUGUGUUCAUCUUGUGGUAAUGAUUGCCAAAACCAGCGAUUCCAAAAGAAGCAGUACGCUCCGAUAGCCAUAUUUAAGACGAAGCAUAAAGGGUAUGGCGUAAGAGCGGAACAGGAUAUAGAAGCCAACCAGUUCAUUUAUGAGUACAAAGGUGAGGUGAUUGAGGAGAUGGAGUUUAGAGAUAGGUUAAUAGACUACGACCAACGUCAUUUUAAGCAUUUUUAUUUUAUGAUGUUACAGAAUGGCGAAUUCAUUGAUGCCACAAUAAAAGGUUCACUGGCUAGAUUUUGCAAUCACUCUUGCAGUCCAAAUGCAUAUGUUAAUAAAUGGGUUGUAAAGGGUAAACUACGCAUGGGUAUUUUUGCUCAAAGGAAAAUUUUAAAAGGUGAAGAAAUCACUUUUGAUUACAAUGUGGAUCGUUAUGGCGCUCAAGCUCAAAAAUGUUACUGUGAAGAGCCAAAUUGUAUUGGGUUUCUCGGUGGUAAGACUCAAACAGACGCGGCAUCCUUAUUGCCUCAGAACAUCGCUGAUGCCUUAGGAGUAACCGUUUCCAUGGAGAAAAAAUGGCUAAAGUUGAAGAAGUUAAGCGGUGAACCAAUAAUAAAGAAUGAAAACGAAAACAUAAAUAUUGAAUUUCUUCAUUCUUUGGAGAUCCAACCUAUCGACAACCCAGUGGAUGUGACGAAGAUUAUGAGUGUAUUACUGCAGCAGGAUAAUAAGAUUAUUGCAUCUAAACUUUUAAAGAGACUUUUCACCAUCGAUGAUGAUUCUCUUCGUCAUCAGGCUAUCAAAUUACAUGGUUACACCUGUUUUAGUAAAAUGCUUAAAUUAUUCAUCACAGAACAGCCGCAGCGCGACGAAAAAGAAAGUGACAUUGAGGAAGACGAUAAAAAGUUGAUAAAAGGAAUUUUAGAUUUCUUGUUGGAAUUACCAAAGACAACUCGAAAUGGCAUUGAAUUGUCACAAAUUGAUAAUGUAGUAAAGGCCCUGCCUGAAAAGUGUCCACUUUUAAAGCCAAAAUGUGACGAAUUGUUGGAGAAAUGGUCGAAAUUUGAAACAUAUAAAAGGAUCACGAAAAAAGACAUGAACGUUGCAUCGAGUAAAAUGGUAGAUUUGAGAAGGGUGAGACUACCUCCAGGCUGGGAGAUCAUUCAUGAAAACGGUCGUCCGUUGUAUUAUAAUGCAGAACAGAAAACGAAACUACAUUAUCCGCCUACGGGAUCAUCUAAGGUCUUCAGUUCCAGGUCAAGCACACAGAUAAAUUCCCCAAGUAGCGGUGGAAUUUCAAAAACGUCUAGUGCUUUAGACACUAAGAAACAUAAGCUGAGUGACGAAGAAUAUGAGAGGAAAAAGCAAAAAAGACUGGAAUACGAAAGAAUUGCGCUAGAAAGAGCAAAGCAAGAGGAAUUAGAAAGUCUGAAGCAAAAGUUAAAGCUUGAGAAUGAAAGAAAAAGCGUGUUGGAGGACAUUAUAGCAGAAGCGAACAAACAGAAGGAACUACAAAAGGAAGAGGCUAAAAAACUAGUGGAAGCAAAAGAAGCCAAGCGUUUGAAAAGAAAAACGGCUUCCCAAUCCCAAAGAUUAGAGCACAACUGGAAUAAAUUCUUUGCAUCCUUUGUGCCAAACUUAAUAAGAAGUAACUCACAAAGCAAACAAUUUGAUCAUGAAAACAUUAAACAAUGUGCUAAAGACAUCGUGAAAAUCCUAACCACAAAGGAGCUGAAAAAGGAUUCCUCAAGGGGACCGCCUGAUGACUUAACCAAAGAAAAAAGGCAUAAAGUUAAAGAAUUCAUAAAAUCAUAUAUGGAUAAGAUAAUUCUCAAGAAGAAGCAAAAAAAGGCGUUGGCAUUAACAUCAGCAACAACAAGAAUGUCUUCUCCUCCACCUUCAACAUCAUCAUAA